AUGGCCUCGUCACACUGGUUCACCGUCGUCUUCGGCCACUUUGUGCUCCGACAUAUCCCUCCCAAUCUGUUCACGACACCCUCGCGAACAUCCGUGUCCAUUUCACGAUGUUCUCUGCCGCCGCAGGUGGUCGACGUCCCUUCUCCUAGCAGCUUGCUGCUCGUCGUUCCCCUCAAGUUCGAUCGCUCUGUCCUCUUCAAGUUCUGCGCGGCGCCUGCCAACCCCUUGACCACCGAAUGUAUCGAUAUGUGCUGCUGUUCCUCAUGUAUGCGCCUCGCCUCUCCGCUGGACCUAUUGGAUGCGCUGUCGAUUGGCGUAUCACUGCUCCAGACCAUCUGGAAGAGAACAAUGGAUUCAUUGCAUGCUGCUACAGCUGGAGCUACGGAGGAGUUGGUGCUAUCUGUACUUGGGUACGUGGAGAACCAGUUGAAGAGGUGGGCGGCGGGCGGCGAGUCUCUUGCGAAGGACGCUCUACCUAUGUGA